GAAAUCGGACACCCACAAAAUCUUUUGUGUUGAAAAUGGCCCUCGACAGUGUGAAUCCCCCGUCGGAAAGUAUUUUAUCUGGAGAUGACCAAAGGUUUGAUGAUCGUUCCCUGUUAACAGCAGGGCGACAUGAGUUUUUAUUAGCGUAUUUGUAUUCCGACUGUUUUUAUAGGAUUAUUCAUAUUUAGUAUUAGGGGGAUUUUCGAGAUAGCGAAGGCAUUUGUUGGUGCACAAAGUUAAGGUAAUUUUAACGGUACUAGACAGCAUUGGUUAAAAGUGAAUUAAGCUCCAAGAUGGCGUCAGCCACAAUUUUGAUUUGUUUUAAUAUGCAUGUUUGGUUGUUAAUGUAUAUUUUAUUGCAUAAUUUUAAUGCGGUCAUACGUACCAAUUUUUUUCCAGGCUUUUUACAUCACUAAUCAAUGCUUCUGCCUUAUGGUGUAGGGUUUCUUAUUUUAUUCAAAUAUGUUUUCGAAUGUGUGAAUUUAUUAUAGCAUGACCUAACUAUUGAAUUAGGUUCACACGAUAUGGAAGCGCUGCGAACGUUUCGUUAACCUUGCGAUUGUGUUAGGUCGCCAUCUUGUGUAGUUUAGAACGGUUACGCAAUGUCAGAGCGCGCGUCAACGUCAUGGAACUCCCCAAGGCUUAUGUGAAUUAUUUUUAUCUCGGAAGGUGGAACAUGCAUGCACGUGCUAGGUAAUGUCUUUUUGAAGGUUGACCGAGUUGUCAUUGCUUCGUCGCAGAUAUUGAGCGGCAGUACCGAAUACGUAGUCGCCGUUUGGGAUAAUUGAUUUUUUCUCCCAACCAUGCCAGACGUUGGGUCCCGAUAACUAUUAUUCUGUUUGUUGGGUGGUGGCGGCGCGUGGCAUGCACGUCAUGGUACCGAUAAAGAGAAACCGUUGCAAGUAUCGACGCUAACCUACGGUGCGACUCGCCCGCCUCAUACAUCGCACUUGGAUAAGGCAAAUCAGUUUAUUUUAGAUCUAAUUACCUGGUUAUUUUAGGAAAUAUAAUUUUUUUUUGUUACACUUUGUAGAACGUAUUUAAUUACUUUACUUUAGUUACCGUAUGAAUAUUUUGGAAAGAAAAUUUUAUUAGCAGUUGAAACCAUAAAACUCGACUUUAUAUUAAUAAGGAAUCUGCAAACCAAAUGAUUGGUUUUAGUGAUCCCUCAUGAAUAAAAUACAUUACACCCUACAUAAUUAACUGGGACGACCAGGACGACACUAAUUGCAAGAUUUUCCAUCGCUUCAAUAUUGCACUAGAAUGGCUUUGGACCUGGAGGAUGGGGAGAUUGAAGACGGAGAAAUUGAGGAUGAUGAAGUGGCAGACACAGCUACCAAAGCGCCGGCACAGAAACCAGAUGCCGCUGUGAAGGCUGCCCCCGCGAGGCUGGAGCCACCGGUGAUAGACGCGUCGAUGACGCCGAGGACGCGGGAGCUGCCCUUGCCGAGGCGCCGGGAGCCCCUGCUGCCCGACCCCCCGGCGUGCAAGCGGCUGCGGCUGCCCCUCCCGCGCGGCGGCCGGCCCGUGGAGCUGGACGAGCCGGAGGACGACUGGGCGGGCAACGUGGAGAAGGCCAUCAGGGCGGCCAUGGAGAAGGAGAAGUCCCAGGUCAGGGCGGAGCCGCGGCCGGAGGCCCCCGACCCGGGCAGGGGCGCCGCCAAAGACGACGAGAUGGACGACAGGAAGGACAAGAAGAAGAAGAGGAAAAAGAAGUACAAAAGUGAUGAGGAGACAGACGUGAAGAAACAGAAGAAGACCCACAAGAAAGAUCAUGAGGAAGCAGGAAGGAGUGAUGACGUGGACAUGAAUGAGGGAGAUGAUGAGGAAAUGUUGUAUGUCAGAGGAGCGUCUCCCAUGAUGAAGGGCAGUGGGUCUCCUGCACAGGACUAUCAUGAGUACCAGUACCAUGAAAGAGGUGGGGGAUACGACGAGCCGUACGACUCGUACGGGGAGGAGGACUCGGAGGGCGAGGAGCGGCGGGACUUCUCCCCGCACAGGCGGCGCGAGGGCAGCCCGCCCAGGCGCGGAGUGGGCCGCGGCUUCAAGCGGCGGCCCAUGCGCGGCCGGGGAGCCGCGCCCACCAGGCGGCCUGUCCGCAGGGACCCGGUGAAGGGAAAGCGGCUGCCCAACAAGCGCAUGAUGCGCGGCAACCAGGAGCAAGGCCGAGACAACAUGUGCGUGUUCUUCUUGCAAGGAAAAUGCCAAAAGGGAGACGACUGCCCCUACUCCCAUGAGGUACACCAUCCUCGCAAGCUGGAGCUGUGCAAGUUCUACCUGAAUAACUGCUGUGCCAAGAAGGACAAGUGCCUCUACAUGCACAACGACUUCCCCUGCAAGUUCUACCACAUGGGGCUGAAGUGCUUUGCCGGGGACCGCUGUAAGUUCAGCCACGGACACCUCUCAGAGACCAUGCGCGCUGUCCUGCUGAAGGUCAGUGGAAAGCACUUGGAAACUGCACCCAAGGAAAUUUUGGGGGACUUUCCACGGUUGUCACGAGAAGGGGCCAAUGCGAUGAUGUUCAAGAAGAAUCGGAAGGGUGGAGACUCGAGGAAGAUCCCUUCGCUGUUCGAGAUAGAGGUGCCUCUGCCUGUGCAGCUUAUGGCUGAGGAGAAGUCCCGGCGAGAUUCCCCGAGCCUUCACGGGACGCCUGUGCCGUCGGACGAUGAAGAGCAAGACGGCUGCCAGACUCCCAUGCCAUCGUCACCCAAGUCCGACUCUGCCUUCUCGAACGCGGGCAAGGCAUACAAGUGGGACCAGGACGAUGCCUCGGACCAGUCCCGCAACCUGCACAUCGACGAGGAGGGCGAAGGGGGGGCGGAGCAAGAGCCCGAGGUGCUGCGGGCCGGCACACUGGAUGAGGAGGGCGGCGGAAAGUCUCGCCGGAGUUCCGAGAAGAAGUCGAAGAGAAAGCGCGACGGUUCCAGUCAGCAACCUGGGUCAUCUCGAGUUCGGAGUGGGGAUGAAUCUGGAGAGGAGGCAGAGCUGAGGAGAAUCCACAAGGAAGAGCGCCACUUGAAGAGGCGCUUGAAGGAGGAAUCGAAAAGGAAUGCCAGAGAGGAGAAGAGGCUGAGGAGGAGUCUGCGGGAGGAGCGCAGGAUGAGGAACGCGCUGGAGAAGGAGCGGGUCCGGGAGGGGGAAUUGGAGGAAGCGAGACUGGAGGACCCCGCUGUCAGCCGGUUGCAGGACGAGGCGCAGGCCAGGAGCAACAGUCCCUGGGAGGAGCCUGAGUUCAACUACGGCCAGGUGGAUUCCCGAAUCGGGGGCACUGCGGUGAAGCAGGAGCCGGACUCGAACUACGGCCGGGUGGAGUCCCAGUUCGGGGGCACCACGGUGAAGCAGGAGCCGGACUUCAACUACGGCCGGACGGAGCCCCAGUUUGGGAGUGCGGUGGUGAAGCAGGAGCCGGGCACCGAGCAGCUGUACUCCGGCUUGCUGGCGGACCAAGGAUCCGUGCAGUCCGAGGAUGACCAGGGAGCCGGCGGGUCCCCUGAUGCCGGGAAGGAUUUCCUUGAGCAAGAGUUCCUGCAAUCGCAGUUGUCCAUCAAGCAGGAGAUCCCAGCUUUGGACACAGCGGAGAGUGGCACGGACAGCGACGGGGCGAGUGUUCCCGUCCACCUGCCGAAGAAGCAGCGCGAGUUGUUCCUGAGGAUACAGCAGCAGCAGAGGGAGGCUGAGAGCUCACAAGACCAGAGCGAGGACAACGAGAAUAAGGAAGAGGAAGCGGAGGAAGAGAACUGGUACUCGAGCGAUGAGGAAGAGACGAGUCUCGCAGAUGUACUGAAGAACCUCUCCUCUCAGCAGCAAUGUUCGACUGCGCCGGCCCCAGCACGGGCGCCAAGUCUCCCGGCCACUUCUCCUGCACCGCUCGCCCCUGCGCUAGGGGGCCUCAACCUCGGAGACUUGUCCAAGAUCGACAUCAGCGAGUCGGUCACCAGGCUGCUGUCGAGCAUCCGGCACGCCUCCUCCGCUGCCGGCAGCUCUGCCACGCAGUCUCUCACCACCGCGACUGCGGCCGUGCCGUCGCACAACAGCGAAGCCCCUAGCUUGUCGUCGGACCCUGCGGCCCCGAGCGCACCAGAGCAGAAACUGAUCAGUCCCGAGCAGCCAACUGCCGCUCAGAGUGCAGUGCGAGACCCGCGCUUGCUGCGAGACCCUCGCAGCCGGUCCGCAGCGAGCAAGCCCCAGGGACUGCUGUCUCCCUCGUCGGCGGACGGGCGGCGGGCCGACCCACGCUCGACCAGGCCGACGGACGACCGGCCGCGCCGCAGCAGCGUGGUGGAGGCCCCCAACGUGUACGCCAACGCCAUCACCUCCCCGUCACAGACGCUGGGCGUCGGCUCGGCGGGGCGGGCGGACGUGGACCUGCGGAUGGCAGGCGACGUGGACUUGCGGGCGGCUCCCGCGGGCGACGUGGACCUCAGGCAGUCCUCCUCCUACGACUACGGGGACACGGACCUGCGCCUGUCGUCCGACGUGGACCUGCGGAAGGUGCUGGGGCUGCCGUUCAAGCCCGUGCCCAUGCACAUGCCCGCCACGGAGAUCGACGCGUCCCUCACCUCUCACCCGCCGAUCCCCUACAAGGUCACGACGGUCACCAUCCCCAGGCCGGACUACUCCAAGCUCAAGAUAAACCCUUCUGAUCCACAGGUGUUUCGAGAUCCCAGGCUAAGGAAGCUGUUCAAGCUACCUUCAUCCCCACCUCCCGCUGCGGCUACAUCCACCACGGUGUUAGCACCGACGCCUGCUGCACCGGUCAUCGCGACGUCUCGCGUGGACCCCCGGAGAGCCCGUGCCGCCACGCAGCAGCCCGUGCCGUGUCAGGACCCCAUGCAGCAGAUGCAGCAGAUGCAGCAACCACAGCCGCAGAUGAUGCAGCAGCAGCAGGUGCCGCCACAGCAGCUCCCUCCCGUCCAGCCGGACAUGUUCGUGCCCAUGCCCGCGCAGCCGCCCAUGAUGAUGCCGGGCAUGAUGCCGGACUCCAUGCUGCCCCGGCCGGGCCCCACGCCGGGCCUGCUAGGGGUCGCGCCGCCGGGCUUCCUGGGCGUCCCGCAGAUGGGCUUCUGCCCCCCUCCCACCCCGCGCUUCGAGGAGGACGACGACGACGAGAACGAGGGUGGCGACGCGGACGUGGACCUGCGCAGGAUGUACGGCUGGGAGCACCAGGGCAGGCCGGGCCCCAUGCGCGGCAACCGCCGCAGGUGGCGGGGCAACGCGAGCAACCGCCGCAGGCGAGCGGACCACUCCACCCCCGCCUAGUGCCACACCCCCACGCAUGAACUACUGGCAGACGUUCGCAGCACCUACCGAUCGUACCGAGGCAUGUGCAAUAUUCCAUGUAAAUAACUUUAAGUUAUACCAUGAUCAUAGUUUGUUAUAUCAGUGUGCGUUUAUACUUUUUUUUAUCGUUUUGUACAUUACGUAUGGGAAGAACCUUGUGCUUGCAAGGUUAAGUUGCUGGAACAGUGUCCCGACAUGUACACACGGUUGCCAUUGUGCCUUGCAACUGAGGAAAUACUUACUUUCACUUGUUAUUGACGGAUGUGUGUCUGAAAUAAUUUUAUUCAGAAAACUAUUAUGGUUGUAUUAUAAAGUAGUAUUUGAAUAAUUGUAAUUUUAUUUAAAAAAGUAGGUAUUGUUGUUGGAUGAUUACUGUUUAGGAGUUUUGUAUUUCCAGUGAUCACUUUGUACACGACUGAAAAUUUCGUAAUUGAAAAUGUACAGAGUGAUAUCUUAAAUAGAUUUUUUUUACUUUA